CAAUCCUGAUACACAGUUGACUAUCAACUUCAGAGUUUUGACUGUGUUUGUGACAGUCAGAAUAAUCUUUUCACAAACGUGCAGUUUGUUGUAAAUAACACCAUGUCGGCUCCAGCAACUUCAACUAGCCCCAUACCUUCUGGGGGGAAAGUGUGUAUAACAUUCCCAGAGAUCCUGAUGUUGGGUGAAUUUGUUUUUGGUGGCCUGGUUUGGAUUCUUGUGGCUUCUGCUCGCGUUGCAUUUCCACCGGACCAAGGCUGGGUGAUGUUUGUUUCAGUUUUCUGCUUUGUGAUCACUACGUUGCUGCUCAUCCUCUACACAGCUGGAGUUCAGAACAGUUCAACUGCUUGGAUGGCAGUGGAUGUCUUCUACCAUUUCAUUGCUGCAGUGUUUUAUUUAAGUUGUGCUGUUCUGGAGGCUAGCGACACAAGAUUUCGUUUUUUCCUUCUGAAUCAAGUGCACAAAAUCAACAUUGCUGCUUCGGUCUUUGCAUUUGUGGCCACCUUACUUUAUACGAUACAUGCGGUAAUGUCAAUACUGAGAUGGAAGAACACCUCAUGAAUGCCAGGACAAGAAGCAAAUGUCAUUGAAUCAGAAGAUUUACUCCUUCCCAAACUUACUGAUGUUGUUCUUUCCUUAUUGUUGUUUUACAUCAAUUCUCAUUGCAACUGGUAACUACCAUAUUUACACAUAACCAUGAUGCACAGAGGAGCUAACAAUACCUUGAAAUGUAUUUAAUAUUUAAAGGUUGGAGUACUGAAAGCUCCAAAGGACUGUGGCAGUCUGGAACUCCUUCCAUGAAGUAAACCAAGCUUUAGUCUCAAGUUAAAUUUUAGAUUUGUGUUUUGGGGGUAAGGGUAUUUUUAAAGACUCCAGAAUGAAGUCAGGUUGAUGGUUUAAGCUAUAGAUACAGGUCAUGCAUGACCUAAUUGAUGGACAAGCUGAACCUCUGUUCCUUUAUCCCGGGGUCAGCCUUUAUAUUGUUUAUGCCACUGUUUACUGAAGGACUGAGACCCUGCAAGCAGCUAAUUUUUAUUUUAAAACAGUGGAUCCAAAAUUUUUAACCCCAUGGAGAAUUUCUCUCAGGUUACAAAUUGCGUGAGUGGUUAAUUCUCUUUCCUCAUGCAUGUGUUGGGUGGGGGAAGGAAGCUGUGCUUUUUUUUCUAAAC